AUGCAUCCUAUUUGUCGUACUGAUGUUGGAGAUUAUUGUUUUUGUGUUGCUGAUGUUUUGAAGCUGCUGUGGGUUAAAGUGUUGAUGUUGCAGGAGACGAUGACAGUGCCAGUGGCUUUGUGUGACUUGGUGGGACUGAAGGAGAAUGGCGAAGACUUGGUGACUGUGGAGUGUUCCGUGCCGACCGGGCUUGAAAGGUACGCAGUUGUUGAAGUGUUGGAGAAGUUCGGAGUCUCUGCCAUGCAGGGUCGAGGAAAGAUGUUCUUUGACGUGUCUGCGUCACGUUUGAGUGAGGUCUUGAGUCUUCGCUCAGUGGACAACGCGUACCUCGUGAUCCACUAUGUAAACGACAUGCAAUUCCCGGAAGACGGCUUGAAAUGCUUGCAAAUGAUGUGCGAACGAGUGCCGAAAAUUGACUGGAAACGCGGACUGGAUGCUUGGAAACUUUGCGGCCGCAACCGCCGGGAUUUGAACACCGAUCCCAAGCCUGGCUACCCCGAGUCGCCAUUUUAUAUCGUUGAUGUGAACGCCGUGCAGCGACAGAUAGAGGACUCCACUGCGAAGCGACUCGCUGCGAAGCAGCAUCGCAGCAAAAAGCCGAACAGUGAUGGACGCAGGAACAGGAACCAUUUGAAUCGAGUGCUGAAAGCUCCGCAGGAAAAUGACUCGGGAAGUGACGGGUACCCGAGUUUCCGGGUGACGUGUCACCGAGCAGACGAAAGGAAUGUUUCCGUGCCUGGUUUCGAGUCCCCGGAAGCUGCUUGCGAGUUUGGUGGUGCUGUGUUGAACUCUUUUGGUUGGCCCGUGCGGAUGAAGGGCUUUGAUCUGGAGGUCAUGCUGAACAUCGUGUAUCGCAAGGUACUGGUGGACCCGAUUGGUGAUGGUGAAGAAGGGCGCAAGAAGCCCCUGGACACGGUUUACGUGGCGCUCAAGUUGAAUGAUGAGUCCAUGUAUCAGAGGAACGUGGUGGAGUUCGGGCCGACUACGAUGAGAGCGACGAUUGCGUUCGGGCUGGUGAAAGCGGGUCGGGUUUCAGUUGGAGACCUGGUGCUGGAUCCGUUGUGUGGUUCUGGCGCGAUUCCGAUUGAGGGAGCUAUGGCAUUUCCUGGGGCUGUGUUUUUCGCAAGUGACAAUUUCGACGCAGCGCCUACGAGAACUGUGAAGAACAUGGACCACGCAAAUUCUACUGUUUCCGAGGAUAAAUUCCUCGGAGUUUUUCAAGGAGAUGCGAAAAGAAUCCCUCUUCGAGAUUCCAGCUUGGAUACAGUUGUCACAGAUCUACCGUUUGGCAAAAGGAUGGGAAGCAUUUCCGACAACCGGGUGUCUUACCGAUAUUUCCUGCUGGAGUUUGCCCGAGUGCUUCGCCCAAAUAGUGGCACGUUGGUUUGUAUCACCUAUGACGUCAGAUCACUCACGCAGGUUUUGAGCCUGGGGAAUGUGAAGAAGCUGUGGAGCUGGGUACAUGACCACCCUGUGAACAUUGGUGGGCUGAAAGGUAAGGUAUUCAUCUGCCGUCGGUCAAAGGAGAUGCCAGAAGAGCUGGAUGCAGAUUUGAGUGUCAGUUGAGGUCAAAUACCAGAGUAUCAUGUCAAGUGAUACUCCGUGAUUGAUGCUCCUUCCUUGAAUUCGGUGGAGAUGCUUGAAAUUUUUUUUAUGUCACCAAAAUUUUGAUUUGGUUGAUAAAUAAAUUGCAUUGCCAUCCGACUGA